AUGGAUGUGUCCUAUGCCUCUGAGGGCUACAUCAAUCUGAGAAACAGUAUCAUCACGAGUUCGACUUCCCUAAUCGAACCAAGCAAACGUCCCUCUCUAAAACCAUCGGCGGCUAGACCUCCCAGACUCUAUGGUCUUCCCAAAAUCCAUAAAGAAGGCACGCCGCUACGACCCAUCGUGUCGAUGAUAAACUCUCCUACGUACAAACUAGCCCGUUUUCUAUCAGAUACUCUGCUCCCCUUCACAGGCAAGACCUCUUCGGCAGUACUCAACUCAACCCAAUUAGUCUCUAUGGUUAAGGACAUGGUACUAUCUCCUGAUGACAUCCUCGUCAGCUUUGAUGUAGUAUCUUUGUUCACCAAAGUCCCAGUACCGGACACCCUAACAAUAAUUGAGGACUUAGUCCAACAUGGAUUGAAUUCUGAUGUACCUGCGCUGGUUAGGCAUUGCCUCACCAACACCUAUUUUACCUGGAAUGGCACCUUCUACAAACAGAAUGAGGGUACCCCUAUGGGCUCCCCCUUGUCACCAGUUAUAGCCAACAUGUUCAUGGGAAAGUUUGAAUCAGACGCCAUCCAGACAUCCACCCUGCGUCCUUCCCUGUGGAAGAGGUAUGUGGAUGACACUUUCGUCAUCUGGCCACAUGGCCUCCCAGCAUUGAACCACUUCUUGGACCACAUCAAUUCUAGACACCCAUCCAUCAGAUUCACCAUGGAAGUGGAGAAAGACGGUAAACUACCAUUCUUGGAUAUUCUGUUUGAGAGGAGGCCUGACGGAUCCUUGGGACAUUCUGUCUACAGGAAAGCCACCCACACAGAUUCCUACUUGAAACCGGAUUCGCCCACCACCCAUUUCAAAAGAAUUCUCUCAUCAAAACGCUAUACCACAGAGCCCAUGGCAUUUCUGACCAACACCACCUGGCCGGUGAAUUAA